UAGCGCUCUGUGCGUCUGGGCCACAGAACCCAAAAUAAAAGCCCAACUAUGAGUCUCCCUUUCCAUGGUCCGCCUAAAGUACAGUUGAGGGCAGGAGAGUGGAAGCAAUGAGAUACCAAGGGCGGAGACGGGAGCCGCACUGGCGGGCCAGGAAGAGGCGAGGCUCCAGCCAGGGGCACGGAGGCUCCGCCUCCUCACAUCACUUCCGUAAACAAAAGGAGCUGUGGAGGACCUGGGGCCGGGAUGUGACCCCGGCUCAAGCUGCAGCAGUAGCGUCGGCGGCUGCAGCUGCGGCGGCGGCUUCGGAGGCUCCGGGGUCUUUGCAGGUUGAGGAACAGGACCCCGAUCUUCUCCUUCCUCAGGUCACAGGAAGCUGGCCUUGGUGCAAUAGGGAACUUAGAACAAUGGAGGAGCGGAAAGUGAAGAGGAGGAGUCCUAAGUCUUUCAGUGUCCACUCUACUCAGGUUGUUAAUGCCAAAAAAAAUGCCAUUCCAGUUAGUAAAAGCACAGGGUUUUCAAAUCCUGCAUCACAGUCAACUUCACAGCGACCAAAGUUAAAAAGAGUGAUGAAAGAAAAGACCAGACCCCAGGGUGGAGAAGGAAAAGGUGCACAACCAGCUCCCAUUCAGCACUCUUUCCUCACCGAUGUCUCAGACGUUCAGGAGAUGGAGAGAGGGCUUCUCAGCCUUUUGAAUGAUUUCCACUCUGGAAAACUUCAAGCGUUCGGAAAUGAAUGUUCCAUUGAACAGAUGGAACAUGUUCGGGGAAUGCAGGAGAAAUUAGCUCGCUUGAAUUUGGAGCUCUAUGGGGAGUUAGAGGAACUUCCUGAGGAUAAGAGAAAAACAGCCAGUGACUCCAAUCUGGACAGGCUUCUGUCUGACUUAGAAGAACUGAAUUCUUCCAUUAUUUUAUGAAGGGCUUUACAUGCAUUUUCGUAUUUGGUCCUACCCUUGUAAGUAGGUGGUAUUAUACUUAUCAUUUUACAGAUGAAGAAAAUAGGGUUUUGAGAAGCCACAUAAACUGUAAGAGACAUUAACGUAAAUAUCAUUGCCAGGAAGGACUUAAAUUUGAGGAUUAGAUAUGAGUUAACUACGAGGCUUCUCUUAGUAGUUCCUAGUUCUUUUUUCUUUUCCUUAUAUCUAUUCUGAGCUUUAUAUUCUAUGCUUUAUAUUCUUUCUGUGUGUAUGACACAUCAGUAUCUCCUAUCCUCUGAGUUUUUGUUAAACAUUUAAGUUUAUUUAUCUUACCACUUUGCUUGAUCCAAUCACCACGGUUGAACAAGAUUACAUGAUAGAAUACAAGAGCAUGGGCUUUGAAUUGCUUGGUUUCAAAUCGUGGUAAGCAUGUGUGUAACCUUGAGCAAAAGUUUGGCAACUCUAGUUUCCUCAUUUGUAACAAUUGUUCUCUCUGUAUUCAGACUUUCCCUCCCAACUUCCCUCUCUGUCAUCAGUUGCCCCUGUUAUUUCAGUCUCCAAGAUUAUUUAAAUUCCUUCUGUGACUAUAGCAGACAUUGCUACUCAGUCAUGGCACUAUCUGCCAUUGAGCCUGAACGUGGGCAGGAAAUUAUUUGCCAUUUCUUAAUUACAGUUAGUUGUCAGGCAUCAUCAGCUCUGCCUUUUAUUCUUCCUUUAUUCCUUAUCCUCAUAACUUUAUUCCAUAACCUUUCAAAUGUCUUCUGUUCCAGCCCUAGAGCUGCACUAAUAUGGCAGCCACUAACCAUGUAGCUACUGAGCACAUGAAAUGCAACUAAUAUGGAUUGGAAUGUGCUAGAACUAUAAUUUGUAUACCUGAUUUCAAAGGUUUAAUAUGGAAAAAAGAAUGUAAAAUAUCUCAAUAUUUUUAUAAUGAUUAUAUGCUGAAAUGAUAGUUUUUUGAUAUAUUAGUGUAAAUUAAAUAUAUUUUAAAAAUUGUAUCUAUGAUGUGCAUUAUAUUUCUUUUGGACAGUGCUGCUGUAGACUUUAGACAAUACCACUAAAUUAUUCUUCCUAAAAAUACCACUCUCAUCUUGCCAUUCCUAUUUCAGACCAAGUUUUUUACCAUGUCAGACUUUCUUUUUUUUAACAUUUUAUUUAUUUAUUUGACAGAGA